AUGGCUGAACCUGGCUGUGAGACCUCUUCUGAGGAAAGCCUCAGCACCGAGGAGCCGAUAGCAGGGGAUCCGAUGAACCCGAAGCAGACGCCGCCUAGCCACCGCCGCCGCCACUGCUCCGACAGUUUCGCCACCUACUUCGCCAGGGUUCUGAAGCAUGUGCACGAGGGCCUCAGCCUCUCACAGGAGGCCGUGAGUGUCAUGGAUUCGUUCGUCAAGGAUAUCUUCGAGCUCAUGCCCGAGGAGGCCUCUCGCCUUGCCCGCUUCACCAAGCGCUCCACCAUCACCACCAGGGAGAUCCAGACAGCUGUGCGCCUGCUGCAGCCUGGGGAGAUUGGCAAGCACGCCGUGUCCGAGGCCGUGAAGGCCGUCAUCAGGUUCUACGGAUGCAAAUGA